AUGGCAUCAUACAAUCAAAUUACAAAUGAACCGUUUAUUCGUGUACAUCUUUGUCGUUUUUUUGUUGGAAAACAAAUCCAACCAUUACAAAAUAUUAAAUUAAGAGUUGACACAGCUGAUCCACCGCAAUUUGUAAUCAAUCAACCAAAAUUUCUCACAUAUGAUGACAAGACUGGUAGUUUAUAUUUUAUGACACAUAUUAAACAAGGCCGUCAGAUAACUAUAGAUAUUUAUAUUGAUAAAAAUAAAACGAAUUAUAUUUAUCAAACUACAAUUGAAGAUUUAAUCCGAUAUACUGAUCAAAUUAUUCGAGAAUAUCGAUUCACAAAUAAAAGUCAUGCAUGGAUGUCAAUUGAAUUAAUUAUACCAACUAAUAUUCGAAAAGUACAACGAUCAGUUCAUACUAGAAUACGUAAAUAUUAUGGUCAUGAAUUUUUACCAAGUUAUUUUACCACUUUACCUGGUUUUUGUGGUGUUUGUGGAAAAAUUCUUAGGGGUUUUAAUACACCGGCAUAUCGAUGUCAAUUAUGUGAUUUAGUUAUUCAUGAAGAAUGUAUUUAUGAUGUAGCUAUGUGUAAAGACUAUUCUCUCACAAAUUCAAGUACAAUGCCAAAAGUUUCACAUAAUUUCUUACAUGAACCAAGUUUUUUAUCUACUUCGGGUAAUUAUGAUGGUAAAUUUAUACGUCCACUUCAAAUUUGGAAAUGUUCAGAAUGUGGAAUGAGUAAGCAUUCAAAAUGCAAAUCAAAAGUACCACAAUAUUGUGGUACCAGACAAAGAGCAGCUCAAAUGUAUGAACAAAGGAAAAAACUUAAUAAAACAAGUUUAAUUGAUACAUAUAUUUUACCUAAACAAUGUACAACAGCAAAAAUGAAAGAAAACAAUCGAAACUUAUUAAUUGAUGUUUAUGAAAGACUGCAACAUGAACAUCAACGCGAUUGUGCUUUAAAUGAUUUAAAUGCAAUUACAAAAAACUAUGAACAACUAGGAAAUUUAAAUCAAAACAUAAGGAAUGGUUCAUCACUUUAUUAUAAUGACCGUACAAUUCUUCUUCAUAAAUUAAAAUUUGUUGCAAUGCUUGGACAUGGAACAAGUGGAUCUGUUUAUCGGGUAAAAUAUUCCAAACGUGAAUUUGCAUUGAAAGCACUUCGUAAACAUCGAAUAUUUGAAGCUCAUGUGUAUGAAUAUAUUAAAAAUGAACGAAAUAUUUUAGAAUCAUGUCGUGGAAAUCCAUUUAUUAUUCAAUUAUAUGCAACUUUUCAUGAUUUUGAACGUGUUUAUUUUUUACUUGAAUAUGCUCCUUGUGGAAAUUUUUAUCAAUUUUUAACAAGAUUUCGACCUACAUUUGAUAAUGCAUGUAUUAAAUGGUUUUCAGGUCAAAUUAUUUGUGCACUUUGUUAUAUUCAUUCGAAAUUAAUAAAUAUUCUCCAACCUGAAAAUAUUCUUUUAAUGCAAAAUGGUUGUAUAAAAUUAUCAGAUUUUGGUCUUAGUAAACAAUUAAGUUGUAGAACAGAAACAACACGUACAUUUUGUGGUACAGCUGAAUAUAUAGCACCAGAAAUUUAUCAGAAUACAAAUUAUAGUUUUCCUAUUGACUAUUGGUCAUUGGGUAUAAUAAUGUAUGAAAUGAUUGUAUUUAAUACUCCAUUUAAUGGUUUAGAUGAAUCUAAAAUAAAAGAAAAUGUAAUUUAUAGAAAUUUUCAAUAUCCAAAUAAUAUUUCAUAUGAUCUUCAAACAAUUUUAAUUGGUUUAUUAACAAAAAAUCCAAUAGAACGUUUUGGUAUAAAUGAACUUAAGUCAAGUAAUUUUUAUUCAUCUCCAUAUUCAUUAGAAGAUAUUGCACAAGGAAAAUUGCCAUGUCCAUGGAGAAAACCAAUUCCUUCUCAUCUACUAGAUGAAUAUUUAUCAACAGAAGAAAUUCGUCUAUCACAUAUUGAUAAACAAUCAAUAUAUACCACACUUACUAUAAAUAAUAAUAAAUUUGAGAAUUUUUCAUUUAUUGAUCCUUCAUUAAGCCUAUAA